AUGGAUUCGAGUGCCUCUCAAAUACGAAGUCCUAGUCAGCUCCGUGGGAGACGAACUCGCCAAAGGACUAAACGGGCCUGCGAGACCUGCAAGGUCCGCAAACGAAAGUGUGAUGGCAAAGACCCCUGUGGCUUCUGUCUACGCUAUGAAUAUGACUGUGCUUACAGCGCGAAUCCGCGCAAGAGAUUCACUCAUCCGGAGACUACUAUUUCAUCGUCGCCGCACGUUCCUAGACUGUCAGUGCCUCAGGUGAAAAGUGACGCUCUAAACCAAGAGCACAUGGAGGCAAACUCCGGGAUGACCUUCCCCCAGGUUUUGGCCAUGAAAUUCAAUCCCGGUGGCGCCCCGAAAGUUCAUGGCUUCAGUUGGAACUUAGGUCUUCGGGAAGAGCCUACCCAGCCAUACACCAAUAUUACUCGCCUGAUUACCCAACACGAUAUGGAAGCCCUUGCAAACGUUUACUUUGAACAAGUACAUCCUCUGUAUGCCUUCCUUGACCCGGAUAUGUUUAGAAACAAGGUUGUCACUAGAUGGCAGGCUUUGGAUGCAGCAGACAGUUACGACCCAGUUCUGUGCGGUGUUGCUGCUUUGGGGUCGCUGUAUUCGCGCAAUGGUGGCCAUGAGCGAGAGCCAGAAUUGGUUCAGACAGCGAAGGAGAUUCUGGAGAUGGCCAGUACCAUGAGGAAACCUCUUUUGCACCACGCAACUGCCUGGCUGUUGCGGACCAUCUACCUUCGAAGCACUAACUCGCCCCAUUCAUCUUGGAUGGCUAGCUGCAUUACCAUGCACAUCAUGGAAGCGACUGGUACUCACCAAGAUCUAGUAUCCCUGGUCUACUCCGACACCGCAGAUAUCAGCGUGAACGAAGAAAGCCAACGGAGGCUCUUUUGGGUUGCCACCGUUCUCAAUGCGUGGAUUUCAAAUGAAUAUGGCCGUUCCCGUGUUGUCCUACGAGGGGUAUCCUGCAAACCUCCAUCGCCUCGGGAAGGGGACUUUACAGCGGAUCUAGUACAGCUCUAUCGAAUCUCAGAACUGCUGGAUCCAGACCAGUCAAAUGAAGCAUCUGACUUGGAGGACUCCCUUACACGCGUGGAGAGCUUCAAAUUCUCUCACGACCCGCUGAUCCUCUCCCAGAGCAAUCUAGCACUCACCAUUUACCGACGUCUGCGGCAUGCCAUGUCGAAUAUAUCUAGCGAGGUCGUCGACCGUAUCAUUCGACUCGGUAAUCUUGGGCUUGAGGCCGCGGUGCGGAUGGCCGAGGCACGUUGCCCUUGGUGGCAUGUUGCAAAUGUCCCAUUUCAAUUCAUCUGCAUCCUACUGGCAAUUGACACGAGAGAGUCUUUGUCUCACGUGGGCCAUGCAAUGCGUUCCUUCAAGAUCAUACCCCAAUACUUCAAUACAUAUACCAUCUAUAAAGCAGUGGAAACAGCAGAAUCUCUGAUUCGCCUAUCUCAGAUGAAGAAGGAACGAGACUUGGAUCUCCUCAGAGAUGGGCUACAGGACCAGGGAAUCGAGUUGACCGAACCAGCAGACCUGACAUUGACUAACCAAUCUUUCAAUGAUGAUCCGGCAUUGGCAUUUCUCGGUGAUCCCACGACACAGGGUAGUCUAGAUUGGGAUUGGGAUGCCUUUUUGAACGCAGAAAUUCCAGUAAUGGAUGAUGUUUGGCAAAGAAAUAGACGCUGA